UGUGACAGUACCGAUAGGGGCAGCAGGCAGACUCGACUCGCCCUCCCGGAACUCUGCAGCCGCAGCUGGUCUGAUUAUUUUAACAUCGGGGUUCGGUCCAACAUGGCGGCGCACGGAUGGAAAUACUGAUGACAGUCCGAAAGAUCGCCUCGAUUUGUACGAUGGGCGCCAAUGCCUCUGCCUUGGAAAAGGAGAUUGGACCGGAACAGUUUCCUGUUAAUGAACACUACUUUGGAUUGGUCAAUUUCGGCAACACCUGCUACUGCAACUCGGUGCUGCAGGCUCUGUAUUUCUGCCGACCCUUCAGGGAGAAGGUGCUGGCGUACAAGGUGCAGCCUCGGAGGAAGGAGUCCCUCCUUACCUGCCUGGCCGACCUUUUCAACAGCAUCGCCACUCAGAAGAAAAAAGUCGGAGUCAUCCCUCCCAAGAAAUUCAUCUCUCGGCUAAGGAAGGAAAACGAGUUGUUUGACAACUACAUGCAGCAGGACGCCCACGAGUUCCUCAACUACCUCCUCAACACUAUCGCAGACCUCCUCCAGGAGGAGAAGGGCCAGGAGCGACAGCAGAACGGGAAACUGGUGCAGAACGGGAGCGGAGGAGGCGGAUGUGGUGACGGGGGCGGGGGCGAAAGCGACGGCGGGAAGGAGACGCAGCAGACGUGGGUCCACGAGAUCUUCCAGGGAACGCUGACCAACGAGACGCGCUGCCUCAACUGCGAAGCUGUGAGCAGUAAGGAUGAGGACUUCCUGGAUCUGUCGGUGGACGUGGAGCAGAACACCUCGAUCACGCACUGUCUCAGGGGCUUCAGCAACACAGAGACGUUGUGCAGCGAGUAUAAAUAUUACUGCGAGCAAUGUCGCAGCAAACAGGAAGCCCAGAAACGGAUGAGGGUAAAAAAGCUGCCCAUGAUCCUCGCCCUCCACCUCAAGCGCUUUAAGUACAUGGACCAGCUGCACCGCUACACCAAGCUGUCCUAUCGUGUCGUCUUCCCGCUGGAGCUCCGCCUCUUCAACACGUCGGGCGACGCCACCAAUCCCGACCGCAUGUACGACCUGGUCGCUGUCGUCGUGCACUGCGGCAGCGGUCCCAAUCGCGGGCACUACAUCACCAUCGUCAAGAGCCACGGCUUCUGGCUGCUGUUUGAUGACGACAUUGUGGAGAAAAUCGACGCGCAGGCGAUCGAGGAGUUCUACGGCCUGACGUCCGACAUCUCCAAGAACUCCGAGUCCGGCUACAUCCUGUUCUACCAGUCCAGAGACUGACGCAGCCAGCGGUGAAUUCCCCCAGCAGACUGUCUGGACGUGGCAGACGAGCCGCCGGCUGCCUCCAGUUCGCUCACACAAGUAUCCGGGCUUCAUUCCCCCCUGCGGCGGGGGAGCGGCUUUCAGCCCGGAGCGCCGCUCGGGGAAACGGGUUCGAGGCGCGUGCCGGUUGCAUGGCUGCCUCCGGGAUUCCAAGUCCUCAGAGACCACACUGCAACAAGCACCUUAAUAUACCAAGAAACGCCCCACUGUCUAACACUCGCUUUGCACUGUGGCACCAGGAUCGGAGACCACCAGGCUGGACCGGUCAUGUGCGUUUAUUAGCGGCUCCAGAGGACGCAGCGGCUUCAUCCCGAGUAUUAAUACCUUGCUACGUUAGCUUCCCUCCCCAGGAGCGGUGGAACUGCCAGAUCAUGAGUUCACCGGCCAGGAAGUGGAGCGACCACGAUCUGGUGGCACCGUUAGACAUCCGGCCUAUCACCUGAGACCUCUGACAUCAUGUAGGGUUGGAGGCUGAAAGCUGCGUGAAAAAGCGGCGUUUCUAUGAUCUGUGCCUCAUACACGGUAUCUUAGCGCAAAGGAGUCACUGGAGGGGUGGGAAAACGUCUCAAACUGAUGAGCACAGCUCCGUAUUUAUGACAAAAGAGCAAAAAAAAAAAAAAAUCAUUUUAUUUUAAAUAUUCAAAGAACAAGUGACACAAACUGACCAAAAAUUCAAUUUGCAGUCUGUAUGACUUCACCUUUUCAGUGUUUUUAUCGGUUUAAUACUGUUUUUCUUUACAAUGUAUUUUUAUUUUAUUUUAAGCUGCAGGUUUUGAUUUUGUUUUGGUUUUCAAGUAUCAGGACUAGCAAUGAGUCUCAUAGCAGCAGCUUUUAAAAGCUGACCUGUUGUAGUUGGAUGAGACUUGAAGGUUGGUGAUGAAGCGGUGUUGUGCCGUCUGGAGUUAUGUUUGAUGACAUGAUGGAGAAACGAAGAGGGGACCGAAGGCGGAGCAAGUCUGGGAACAAAAUGCAUUUUUAAAAACCUGUCUAAUUUCUCAGCAGACUCAGCUCUGACACACUACAAGGAUUUUCUCAGCGUCUGCCUCGUUCCGUUAGCGAUCCAAAGCAGCGUUUCUUUAGCGGCUGCAGCUCUCAAAUUGAGAAGAAUCUUUUCACAAAGCGUUUUUUACUCGGCGAUCAGAAACAAUUCUCCAUUCCUUUUCCUGUCUUUUCAUUUAGUGUUUAAAAAACAAACAUUUUAUUGUCUCUGUGGCUUAAACUUUCCCCUAAGAGGUGAAAAUGCUUUAGGGAACUCCCCCUCCCCCACAUGUUGCUUUGUGCUUCCAGCUGUGCAUGUGAGCUUAAUGAUGGCGGACUUGUUUUUCUCCCUUUAUCUAAAGCAAAAGAUGCUGAUUGUACCUAAUUUUCAAGCCAUUUUCUAUAAUCAAGGUAUAAUCUGUUUAUGUAACUCAUAAACUAACACAUUAACUCAUAAUUAUGAACCUAUCUGAUCAUGGCUUCAAAAGUCCAAUUAGCUAACAGGGGUUUGGCUCUGUCGGUUUGCUCUAAAAGGGACUAGCAACAAAAUACAAACAAUGGAGCAUAAGGUGAAUUUUACAGAAAAAUAAUGAUGCAUAUCUUUAUGAAUUGUAUAACAAACAAAACGCAAAUUGUCGAUCCCUGAUCUAAAAACAAAGUUGGCUAUUUCAGUUGUUUUUUGUGAAAUGUACUAAAAAUCUUAGCUUAAGCUAACUUAAGCAACUCAAGCUCAAGUUAUCUUAAGCUUGAAUGGCUAGCUUAAGCUAUUAGAACUUGAUGUAGCUCAAAUAGCUUUAACUAGCUGUUUAGGCUUAAGUUAGUUAGCUUAAAUAGCUAAAAAAAAAUUGUCAGCUUGCAACAAGAGUUAGCGUGUCUGUUGGUAUGAUGAACACCCAUAGCAUGCUAGCUAAAGCUAAGGAAGCAGCUACUACUGACUUCAGAUAUUACUGGGAAAACAUCAGAAAGACCAUUAGAGUGCUAAAGAAAACUGUCUUUUUAGCACUAAAAUAAAAUCUUCUGGUGUUAACCUUUAAAUUUUAGCUGCAGAUUUUCCAUUAGUCUAUCUGUUGCAUUCUUCUUCUUCGUAUAAGUGCAAUUGCAGAAAACUAGCUGCAUUCAAGAAUUACAUGCCGUUCAAAUUUCAGCGCAAUCUCAGUUUUUCAUCCAUCAAUUUUGUUUUUAAUUAGUUUUGUCUGUUACAAACCUACUAACUGACAGAUUCUGCCCUCUUCUUCUACAUACAAGAAUUAGAAUUCGAGAGUUUUAUAAGUUAUGUGGCAAAACAGUAAGAGGGACAAUAAAAAGAAAACAGAGCUGCAGUUCUGAAGUUUGCAUUUCUCUGGUUUUAGAUGUAAAUCUGAAAACUUUUUUUUUGUCAGUUUUCAGUUGACGUGGCAGACAUAAUGGAGUUUGGAUGUGCCUACUUUUGCUAUUUAAUCAUAAGGUUUUAAAAUCACUCCUCAAGCACUUGUUUUAAAGGGUCGAGACCUCAAAAAGACAACACUACUUCCUCUCCAUGCCUCUGCUUCUCUUUAACGCUCUGAACAAGGCUCUGGAAAACGUUGCUUUGCGUCUUGAACGUUUGUGGGUUUCAGGCAGUACGGUUGGUCUUAACAUGAAGAAUUCGGGCAGAAGCUCUGGAGUUUUCCCAAACACCCAGUGAGAGCGAAGUUGUUUUUAUGCUUUCUGAAAGCUUCACCAAUAAGCACAAAGGCGUGACUGGGAAAUUAAAAAAAGAAAAAAAAAAUCACAGAUUAA